GAGUCGGGCUGCCCGGAGGGGCGUCGAACCCAGCCGGCCCCCGGGGCUGGGGCUCUCCGGGGGGAUUUUCAGGCAGCUCCUGCCCGGCAGCGCCGUGACCCGGACUUUCCCCCGGCUCCCGGCGGCUGACGAGAGCCGGCGGUCCCGGGGGGCGGUCCCCGCGGGGGAGCAGUGCGGGACGGGGCGGCCGGGUGGUCCCGGGUUCCCGGUGCGGGCAGGCGCCAUGUGACGGCCAUGUGGGCGGCGGCUCCGCCCCGGGCCGCUCCGGCACCUGGCGGCGGCACCCCCGGCCCGGGGCGGCGCGUCCCCUGCCCCGGCCCGCCCCGGCCCGCCCUGCCCUUGUACUGCCUUCCCUCCGCUCCCUGGCAGUCGCACCCCCCGCGGGCCGGGGGAGCCCUGCGGGCGGCUCGGCGGGGCCGGGAUGUCGUGCGCCGUCCCGGCGGCGGCGGCGGGGGCCAGCGCGCUGUCCCGGGGAGCGGCGGCCGAGGGCGGCCAGCAGAGUCGUGAAGAAGAUGACAGAAAAGUAAGGAGGAGAGAAAAAAAUCGAGUUGCUGCACAGAGGAGCCGGAAGAAGCAAACACAGAAAGCUGAUAAACUUCACGAGGAAUAUGAAUCUCUUGAGCAAGAAAAUACCUCCCUGAAAAGAGAAAUCGGAAAGCUAACAGAUGAAAUGAAACACUUGAGUGAAGUGUUGAAGGAUCAUGAAAAGAUCUGUCCACUAUUGCACUGCACCAUGAACUUUGUGACCAUACCAAGGCCUGAUGCACUUGCCAGCUGCCUACCAAGAUGAGUGCUCUCCUCAAUCACCUCUCAAUGUGAUGUGUGAAAGUGCCAUUAACAGGAGGUUUCAAGAACUGCCUAGUGUGCAGUUCUUCCAUUGAAGAGGGCUGGACUUGACCACGCAGCUCUAGUCCACAAUGAAUUGUUACAGUCUUCUGAAUCUCAGGAAAGCACCAGUAUGGAAAAAAAGACAAUUUGAACAGCAGCUUCUAACUUGGUAGACUCUUCAAGCCAUGGUUUUGCCUUUGGAAAUGUCAAAGUGCCGUGCAGCCCACUAUGGAGCGAUGGAGUGUAGACAGGGAAAAGUACUGACCUCAGACUGGGAUGCCUUUCUCCCACACAUCCACUGCCAGUAACCCUUUGUCACUUGUCACCCAUGCAUGUCAUGAUCUGGCUGCUGGGUUUUAUCUCUCUAAACAGGUUUGGUUAAUAAAAGCGAUGUCUCAUCUCUAUAAUGUUCUCCACCUUCUUCAGUAAUCGAUGUCUUUAUAGCAUCUCUGCUUUUCAUUUGCAGGUCGAUGCCAAAGUCUAAUGCUAAUCUUCCUGUUAGUUGUUCUAUUAUUUACUUAUCGCCUCUUCAUUGGUUCCUCUUUUGACGUGUGUGUAACAAAAGAGUUUUCUUAGUCUUUAAUAUUCCAAAUCAUCAAUCCUGCUGGCAUUAGUCCUUGGAGUGUUUUAUAUCCUAAAAUACGGCUUGAUCAGUUUCUGAUGAUGAUUGUCUGCUCUGUGUGAAAGAAAAGCAAACAGAGUUUGAUGGUUUUAAAUAUUGUUUUAAAAAGCAGAUUUUAAAAUUUACUCUUUUAAUGCACCCACUGGAAAUGAACAAGUAUCUUCAUCCUUC